AUUUUCAGACCUUAGACUGAAUUGUUUAAAUAAAGAAACAGUCAUACCAUUGUUAUCCAAUGGAGAAGUAUGUUAUUUUCUCACGACGUGUACCUUGAAAUUGGUUUGGAAUUAGCUGGAAAGACCUCACGUGUCGACCCUGCACGUUUACAAGUAUUUUUUUUGCCGGUGUUCUCACCAUCGCUGCGCGAACUGAAAGCAAUCCGCUUAAACAACUGUACAGCCGUUGAAUUAUUAAGCGAUCAACGAUUUUAUAACGAUGAAUCGAUAAACUAGCUGAACGCUCAGCGCAACCAAUCGUAGGAUACUUCCGAAAAGGGCGUAGAGGCGAGAUAUGUAGUUGACGAAGACGAGAGCAACACAAUACAAAUGCAGAUGAAACCCAUACGCUUGAUAGCUGCAGCAUGCAGUGAUAUGGGUAUAGGGAAGGACGGACACCUUCCGUGGGAUUUACCGAAAGAAUUUCAGUUUUUAUUGGACACCAUAUCAACUGUAUCCACACCAGGGAAAAAGAAUGUGUUGGUUUGGGGGAGAGUGUGCUGGUUCUCCUGCCCAGAGAGUGUGUUCCCCAUUCCCAACACCAUUCACGUGGUACUGAGCCGAGUACUAAGCUCGACGCCAGAGAAAGCACACUACCUGUGCAGUGACUUCCCCAGUGCCGUGCAGCUGGCCUCCCAGGGCGCUCUGGCCGAUCUGGUGGAGACCAUCUGGAUCUUGGGAGGAACCUCUGUCUACAGGGAAGCCCUAGAGCACCCCUGGUGUGACAUGGUCUACCUCACAGACAUCAUGGCAGAAUUUGACUGUGACGUGUUUUUCCCCCAUUUUGACUGCAGUGUGUAUAGGAAACAAGACAGAUUUCUUGGUGUGCCACAUGAAAUUCAAGAGGAGAAUGGUGUGAAGUUUCAGUUCCAGGUUUUCAAGAAGACCUGACCUGCAGCCUGGAGGACAAUGGACAACAAAAUGAAUAACAGUGACCUGGAUGUGAUCAGUCCUGUGAAACGCCACUGUAUCAACCACUGCAGGAACUCUUGGUGAAUACUGCCUGUAUGGUUCACACCUGCCACCUUGAGGGACCAAAUUAAAUUAAAAAAAUCACAAAUUGUACAUUCGUAUCAGAUGGUCUUUGUAUUUAUAUGUUUUAGGCAGAAAAUAAUUUCUAUUCAUUCCAAAAUAAACUAACACUAUAGUUAUUAUAAUACAGGCACAGAGAGCAGAGGCUUCGGUCAUCAGUCGUCUCUUUUGUCAGAUGAAAUGAUUCAAGCCUUACAUGAUUCAUAGCUUACAUCAUCAGCAUCACUGCUGCUCCGGUUGAUCUUGCAGCGAUUACACAACACUCCCAAGUAAACACAAAGGACUGGGCACGACCGCAUCUCCAGUGACGCCACUGUGCUUAGUCAUCAGAGCUUCCCCUUCUGUACUGUCACCAGGGUGAGUCCCAUUUUCAGCGCGGAAGCGUGGCACAAACAUGUGCCGAGGCCAGCCAGCAUGUGACAGAUUCUGAAAAAAGCCGCUGUUACAAAUGCCUGGCACAGGGUACGGUAACAUUAAACGGGGAGGCCACACAUGGAUUGAAAUAACUCAAAUAUAUUUAUUAAAAAGAGUAAACUUAACUGAGGUUAAGUAAAGUCAGUGUACAUUUGGGAUUUAGAAAAUAAAAGUGUAAAGCAAUGAGAGUAGUGUCAUGUAAUGAAUAAGCCACAAGAACAUCCCAAAAGGGUGCUGGAGGGUAGGGGAAGCAGUGGCCAGAGACCUCCAGCCAAAUUUGGAGAUCCUUUUUUAAGCUCCAACCAGGAAGUAAUUACUGUUACUGUGGACAUAUGCACCAAACUCCACCUGCAGGAGACAGUCUCACAGAGAAGAGAAGGAGCCAGGCAGGGCAGUGACGGCGCAAAAUGCAUCAGCAGAUGGACGGGCGAUGCAAAGGCAGCACCUCGUGUCUCAUGUGCCUCCCUCUCCUGAUCUGCCAUGUCCCAGUCCAUCAGACACGGUCAGCGGCUGAGUCACAGGUUACACUAGCGGAUGAGCGCCAUGACUCACACCAAGAGAUGCUGCUUCUGUUUCUGCUGGGCCAUGGGAAUGCAGAGACUUCUCUGAUUUCUCUGAGUCAAUCAAAGGAUCACAGGCCAGCCAGAGUCAUUGGAGGGCAAGGGAGAGAGCUCCGCAUGAAGAAGGGUGGAUCAUUGAUCCUAUACAAUGCAUGUGAAUUGUUCAAAGAGGGAAGGACCAUUCAAGUUCAUCCUGUAGGGCUUGUAUUGGUCCACUAGGGGGUGUAGGAGGGUAAGAUUUCCUGGGACUGUUUUGGACUCGCUAUCUAUGGUGAAUAACAUUACAUGUAAUGUAGACAAAUAUAAGGAUACUGCCACCUUCCCUGUCUUGCUUACUGAAAAUUACAAUUAACUCUUUGUUACACAGCUGUCAUGGGUGUAUAUGAAUAUUGUAUGUGCUGUAUGUAUAUGUUUGUGUAUGUAUUGUAUAUACAUGUAUAUUUUAAAUAGGCAAAACAAUAAUGGCACUCUAUAACUAUUUGCGGUUAGUUGUGUAAAGAUGUCAACAGGUCCUUUUUAGAAAUACUGUGUACUGAUAUUGAGAUCUGAAUCGCCUUUGUAGGGACCAGGGUAUUAAACCCCGUCGAGGCACAUUCACUAUGUCUACAGAAAUGUAUUAUUUUUUAGAAACUAUAUUGAGGCCUGAUUUGAGCCUAACGAAGAAGUUCAACCUGCAAAUGGCCAUGAUGGUGCACUUUUACACCGCCAUCGUUGAGUCCAUCCUAACCUGCUCCAUCACCAUCUGGUAUGCUGCCUCCACAGCCAAAGACAAGAGCAGACUGCAGCGUAUCAGUCGUUCUACUGAGAAUGUGAUUGGCUGCAAUUUUCCAUCACUCCAGGACCUGCGUGCCACUGGGCCCUAAAGUGAGUAGGGAAGAUUAUGACCCCUCCCACCCUGGUCAGGUCUUUUGAAAGAACUCCCCUCUGGUAAGAGACUGCGCUCCAUCAGGACCAAAACCUCACGCCAUAGAACAGUGUUAGGUGAAAAUUCACUCAAGUUACCUCAGGACUCCGGAGUUGCAUAUAAGUAAAUUUAUUAGACAAACAACAACAAGCUUGUUGGGCACACCCUUGUCCUGGCCCUGUCAGAGAGAAGCACGGGCCCUCCUUCAGAGAGAGAGAGGGAGCCCGGGCCUACUCCCAGCCUGCAGCAGACGAGAGAGAAGCACUAUUAAACACAUCGCACAAGGUUUAUAUAGACAAGAAGUUUAUCUAAUGCUGACGCCAUAAAUGUUUAACAUCUCAGUCAUUCUAGGUCCAUGACUGAGCUUCUUCUUGUAUCUGGAAACACUCUGUGUGAAAAUGU